CUUGAAAUAUGCUUUCAGAUAAUUGAAUUUUCGAAGAAUAUUAUAAAAAUUAUUGAAUUUUGAAAGAGUUAAAUUUGUAAUUUAUAAAAUUAUUUUCAAAAUUUUCAACUGUAAUUUUUCCAAAAUUCGAAAUUUUUUUCAAUAAUUUUUAUUUUGUCUUUUUUUUUAGAAUAUAAAUUGACAAAAAUUCCUUUUUUUGUGUCUUAAAGUCGAUUCAAGGCCUGAUAUUGAUAUACUAAAGAAAUAAUCGCGGAAUUUUUUUUUAUAUAUUUCUCACAAUGUGUUUAUUAUAAAUAUUUAGAAUUCCUAAAAGAAAAAAACAAUUUCAACAAAAUUUACAAAUUUGACAAAUUCAAAUUUUUAUUCUUCAUAUCGAAAACAAGUCAUUUUUUUGUUUAUAAUUACAGGUCAAAGAGGCGCGAUGCAUUGUUAAUGAUUGAAACAAAUUCAAAAAGAUCUUCACCGAAAUUUGAAUAUUAUAUGAAAAAAUGCGCUUCCAUUAUUCGUGUAACCGAUAAGAAAAAAUUGAAAAUUUCUCCACAAAAGAAAAUUAUUGAAACAAAAAAAAAUUCCAAAACACAAAAUUCUUUACGAAAAAAAUCUCCAAAUAAUUUGAAUAAUACUAAUUUUCAAAUUACAAAAAAUUCCAUCAAUUCAAAAAACGAUGAAAUAUUGAAUGAUAAUAAAUUAAAAAAUAAUGAAAUUUUCACACAAGUUUCAUUGGAAAAAUCGAUUAUCAAAAAAGAAAAAUUAUCGACAAUUAAUGAAAAAUCAUUUGAAUGUGACAAAUGUGAUAAAAAAUAUAAAUUAAAUGACAAUUUAAAAAAUCAUCAACGUACUCAUUCAAAUGAAAAAACAUACACAUGUCAUAUUUGUGGUAAACAAUUUCAAUUGAGAGGAAGUCUUUAUUAUCAUUUAAGACAUGUUCAUGGCGGUGUUAAAAAUCAUUCAUGCGAUAUUUGUGGACGUUGUUUUGCAAUGAAAACAACAUUGGAAGAUCAUCGACAUAUUCAUACGGGUGAACGUCCAUAUGUUUGUGAUACAUGUGGAAAAACAUUUAAAUCAAAAGCAUCACUUUAUAUUCAUCGUAAAAGUCAUACAAAUGAUUAUCCACAUAAAUGUUGUUAUUGUAAACGGGGAUUUAGAUGGAAACAACAAAUGAUGGAUCAUUUAACGACUCAUACGGGAGUCAAAAAUCAUGUCUGUGAUAUUUGCAGUAAGGCGUUUGGCGUGAAAAAGGAAUUGACAAGACACAUUAAAAUUCAUUCGGAGGAAAAGCCAUAUUCUUGUCUUCAGUGUGGUUUGAAUUUUGGUCAAAAACGUUAUUUAAAAAAUCAUGAGCGCACUAAACAUAAAAAUAAUGAUGAUGGGAGCAGCGUUAAAUAAGGAUGGGAGUUUAAUAAUUUUUGUUUUGCGAUGAAUGAAUGUAUUAAAUCAUUAAUUGGAAUUUUUAUUUUUGUAAAGAUUUUAUUGGAAAUAAUUAUUUUUUAGACAAAUUUUUGAGUUAAAACAUUUAAAAGAAUUUUUUUUACGAUUUUUUACAUGAGAAAAUUUUUAGAUAACGAAUUUUUGCCAAAUUUUUUAUUUUACAGUCAUUUUCUUUAAAUGGUUUUUUUUUUAUAGAAAAAUUUUAAUUUAAUCGAAUUUUCAUGUGAUUCAAAUUUUUCAAGGACAGAAUUUUCAAAUUAAGCGAAUUUUUAUUUGCACGAAUUUUUAAUUACUUUCAAAAAUCUGAAUUCAUUUUUCAUUUUCAAUUCGAUAAAAGCCGAAAAAUGCAAUUAUUUUUCAAACUUUUAAUUACAAUUUAUCGAAAAUUUAUUUCUUAAAAAAUGUUAAAUAUUAAGCAAAUAUAUGAUAAAAAUUCCAAUUCACCGAUUUUCAAAUUUGUCCGAAUUUUUAAUUUGAUAGAAUUUUUAAGACGCUGAAUUUUUUUUUCUUAUUCGGACAUUUGCGCAAUUUUGAAAAAAUGAAAAUUCAGUGUCUUAAAAAUUCGUACAAAAAAAAAAAAAUUGCAUAAAAUUUUUAAAAUUCAGUUUAUUUGAAUUUCUCUCAUUUGAAAAAAUUCGAAUCACAUGAAAAUUCGAUUUUAAAUUCUGUUAAAUUCUGGCAAAAAUUCGGUAGCUAAAAAUUUUGUUAAUAUUAAAAAUUCGUAUAAAAAAGAAAUGCUAUCAAAUGGUAAUUUUGAAAAAUGAAAAUUCGUUUAACUAAUUUAAAUAAAAUUCUUUAAAAUGAAAAUUCUAAUUAAUAUAUUUUUAUGAGAUAAUCAUGCUCACCAUUUUUUAUUAUUUUUUGUAUUUUAUGUAAGUCGGCAUUAAAAAAGGUUCUUUUUGAAUUUUUUUUUUCUUUUUUUGCGUUUUUCGAACUAUGAAACGUGUUCAAUGAAUUCUUUUUCUAACAGCUUUGCAAUUUAUUCGUUAUAUAAUUAUUUAAAAUAUGUAUUUUUAAGGAAGAUUUACAAUUGAGAAUUUAGCUAGUUAUUUGAAAAUAUGAAUAAAAAUUUUUAUUGUAACUUACACGAUAGUUAUCAAAAUCUCAAUUGUAGAACUUCUCAUAAAAAAAAAAAUUAUUUUUCCUCAGAUAACACAACAUUUCACAGAAAGUUUGUAAAUUUUUUUUCUUUCGAAAUUCUACAACAUUCGAAAUCUAUUUAUUUUUUAGAUUGUAAAAAAAUUAUUAAAAAAAAAAUUUCAAAAUGGUAUUUUCAUAAAAUGAAAAAUUAUUAAUUAUUAAUUAAAUUAUUAUUUUACUAAACAGAUUAUAAUUAUUCUUUCAUUCAUUAUAUUUAUAUAUAAAUUAAAUUUGACGCAACACUAAAUUUGAUAAUUUUUGAACUUUUAAUAUAAUGAUUGCAAAAAUAGAAAUGGAAUUAAAUUGAAAAUAACGAAUUUAAUUUCGAAAAAUUUCCAAAGUAUUACCAGCAGCAGCGUUAUGAAGAGACAAACUUUUUAUAAUCAUCAAUUUUUAACUAAUUAAUUCCUUUCCACAUGAAAAAUGGACAUCAUAAUAUAUAUUUAUAAUAAUUCCUCGUGUCAUCGACACUUUCACUAUUAUUCUGUUCUAGACGGUUUUUAUUUUUACCAAAUUACUUUUCAUUUUUUUUUUUUUUUAGGUAAAUUUACCUCUUUUU